AUGUCUGGCGAAUUUACAAGAACACAAAUAUUCGGAACCGUCUUUGAGGUCACCUCGAGAUAUCUGGACCUCAAUCCCGUUGGAAUGGGAGCAUUCGGGCUUGUUUGCUCUGCUAUGGACAAACUCACAGGCCAAAAUGUUGCCGUGAAGAAGAUUAUGAAGCCAUUCUCGACGCCUGUGUUGGCAAAAAGAACAUACCGUGAGUUGAAGUUGUUGAAACAUUUGCGUCACGAGAACUUGAUUACCUUGGAUGACAUCUUCUUGUCUCCAUUGGAAGAUAUCUACUUCGUCACCGAGUUGCAAGGUACAGACUUGCACCGUCUCCUCUCGUCGCGCCCUUUGGAGAAGCAAUUCAUUCAGUACUUCACCUACCAGAUUCUUCGUGGAUUGAAGUACGUCCAUUCUGCUGGCGUCAUCCACAGAGACUUGAAGCCUUCUAACAUCUUGAUCAACGAGAACUGUGACUUGAAAAUCUGUGACUUCGGCUUGGCCCGUAUUCAAGAUCCACAAAUGACCGGUUAUGUUUCCACGCGUUACUACCGUGCGCCCGAGAUUAUGUUGACCUGGCAGAAGUACGACACUGAGGUCGACUUGUGGUCGGUCGGCUGUGUCUUGGCAGAAAUGAUCGAGGGUAAGCCACUUUUCCCUGGUAAGGACCAUGUGCACCAGUUCUCCAUCAUCACAGAGCUCUUGGGAUCUCCUCCUCCAGAUGUCAUCGACACCAUCUGUUCCGAGAACACCUUGCGGUUCGUGCAGUCAUUGCCUCACAGAGAACCAAUUCCAUUCAGCGAACGUUUUGCUCUGUGCACACACGUGGAGCCUGAGGCCAUUGAUAUGCUUUCGAAGAUGCUUAUUUUCGAUCCAAAGAAGCGUAUUUCCGCUGCAGAUGCUUUGGAACACCCAUACAUGGAGCCAUACCACGACCCAACUGACGAGCCUGCUUGUGAGAUCAAGUUCGACUGGAGUUUCAACGAUGCAGACUUGCCCGUGGACACGUGGAGAGUGAUGAUGUACAGCGAGAUCUUGGACUUUCACCAAAUGGGCGGUACUGAGCAGCCCGAGAUCAUGCCUCUUGCCUCCCACACCGAUGUUGCAGAGCAGCAGCCCGUAUAA